GUCUUUUAAUUCCAAAAAACUUCUACUGACCAUGUCAAAAAUAAAAUCUGAAAUGUAAUGAAAAAUGACAACAAAAAUCAUGCCGAUUAAUUUAUAAUCCAUCGCACCAACAAAAAUAAAAUUAACAAGUGAAAGAAUACCGAAAAAAGACUUAGUUACGCCAUGAACUCUGUAAAUGUAAGUUAACUCUGGAAAAGUAAACGACCAUGACGAAAUACAGUAGGAAUCCGUGUAAAGUCUGCUACCAGCUGGUAACGAAACGGACCGGGUUCCAAUGCCAGGGAAAGUGUAAGAAAUGGGUCCACUUCAAAUGCAUGAGCCAUCCCACAGCGGGAAGACUGAGCGACAUGAAAAAAGGUUUACUGCAAGUGUAUUGCCCGUGUCCCGACUGCAAGCCGAUCAACAAGAAGAAAGAAUUCUACAUCGACACAACCUGUAAAGCGACAGGGUGUCUCGCCAAACGGCAUCCAGCUGUUUGCAGCGUCGGCUGCUCCAGUGACAACAAAAAAAUAUGCAGAAGCAUACCGUCUUUCCCCGAAUACGACCACAAACACAAUCACCACACGUGUACCACACCAGUAUACCCCUCUCCGUGUGGGGCCACACCCAACCCGUGUGAUCGCACGCCUUCAUUUUUCAUCCGCCCUGAACCCAGCUCAUCAUGUUGCCGAUCUCACCCUAUAUGCACUAACUUGCCAUAUCCACCAAGCUCGCCCUGUUCUGAACCGAUUUAUCCCUCUCCUUGCAGCUCAUCCCCUGAUCCUAAUGAUCACCUGUAUUGUCCACCUACGUUUUACAUACGACCUAAAUCCACGUGUGAUGUUAGUAUACCUUGCCCUUAUGAUUUGUACCCUGAUCGAAAUGAGUUUCCUCCAAAUAACAGCCCUCACUACUCUGUGUCCGCGACUAUGAAUUACCCAGGGAGAACCAUGUCCGAUGAUGGGAUAAGUAGCGCUAUAGUUCUCAAGUCUCCCAGUUCCCAGGAGGUGGAAGAUGUUUGUUUAGCUAUUGAGCAAUUGACGGGUCAAGUGAACACGCUAUUGAGGACACUUCACGCCAUCAAACAUCGGAACAUUUGUAAUAAAGAAAAGAAAUGCACAAGACCAAAUUCAUUUAUAUGUAGUUGUAAAAAACUGUUAUGUAGAUCUCAAACAUAAAGUCCGUGUAGAAAUCUGUGGUGAAAUAAAGUUAAGUUUUCGGCAUUAA